GUUUAUAUGAGUAGUAUUAGUUAAAUAGAGUUCAAGAAACGUUAUACUAUUCGAGAUAAUUUGACAAUUUGUAUUGCACAACACAUCACAAGCAAGAAUUGCUCAUGGCUGCGAGUGAUGAAGCCGCGGCGACGGCCAAGUACUUUGCGGACCUGAUCCAGGACAAGCCCAUUCGGUUCGGGUAUGCGGAGGGGAAAGGCAAGGCGCUGUUUGCUCCUACCGAGUUCAGCGCAGGCCAGGCCAUUUUCAGCGAAGUGCCGUUGGUAGCCAUGCAACACCGUGCCAAUCGCAGCACGACUCAGGGCUGUGACAACUGCUUCGCGGUGGUUGGCACGAUCGAGGACCAGGUCGCGCACCUGCUGAGCAUUGGCACGGAAGCCGUCCCGACGGUCCCAGUCGCGUUGAAGGAACCCACAAGUUCUUCGUCAUUCCAACACGAAACAACAAUCGUGUCAUGUGCUUGUGGCGACAUCUACUGCUCCAAGGCGUGCCAAGUCGCGGCGUGGGAGCGGUACCACUGCUUGCUAUGCCCCGCGCACCCCGACACCCCCAUGCAAGCGUUCGUCGACUAUUCUACCGGUAGAGAUGCUGUGACUUGUCGUCGCACGACAACGUCGUCCCCCGACUCGACGCCUCCUUCCGCGAUGAUUUACGUGUUUCCUACAGAAACCAACGAGAUCUUCUUGCUCGCCGCGCAAGUUCUGUGCUCGAUCGUGGUGCGGUACGCCGUGUCCCCAGACAUGGCCGACGCCCGACGCCCCGUGGAUGUCUUUUGCAAGCUGCCGUGGUGGGAGGUAGUCGCUGUGAACGCCGAGCUCGAAGAAGGCCAGACGCUGGACGAGUACUGCAGCAUCUUUCGAGACCUGCUCGAGUACACACUGUCGCUGUUUCUCCACGGGUUGAAGUUCAACGUCAACCAUCUGGUGAUUCACGACAAUCAUCCGGAUCCGGAUUCGUGUUUCCUGGCGACAGUCGACUUGGAUGGUGCGAUGGAAGCAUGCGAGGCGGCGGGCGUGUUCGACCUCGACUUCUUCGCACAGGUCGUGGGCAUGUUUGAGAUGAACAACAUCAGCCUCGAGAUCCGCCAUCCUCUCAACCACAUCAUCAUGGAAGAGCAUCAUCCCGACACGAGCCAAGAAGUCAUGACGUGGCUGGCCACCGUGUCAGCUACCGUCCAAGCCAAACUCGAGCUGGACCAUCCACACACUGAGGAAGAUGGCGAGGAAGUGGACGGAUGGGAGUUCCCAGACCUAGAUGGCACGGCGCUGUUCUCGCUCAUCUGCAUGAUGAACCACAGCUGCACCCCCAACGUCGCGGUCACGUACGAGACGGGCGUGGCUACUGUGGUGGCACUUGAUGAUAUUUCCGUACGCCGUUCGUGUGUAGAUAUAUAUUUCUAAUUGGGUCAAUUAGGCUGGCGACGAGCUGUGCAUCUCGUAUAUUGACACAGACUUGGAUGUGGACGACCGCCAAGCAGAACUCAGUGAGUAUCACUUUGCCUGUACGUGCGACCGAUGCAAUGAGGAACUCAUGUUGCAGUAGAAUAACGACCAAAUAUACUACUAUAAUAAUAGUACUAUUAAUAGUAGUGUGCCAUA